AUGGUCCCCGACACCAACCCAAAGUUGCAAGCUUUACAAAGAGUGCUUCUGGCCUUCAGCAUCUAUUCACCGCACAUCGGAUAUUGCCAGUCUCUCAAUUAUCUGGUGGGAUUUUUUUUGUUAUUCGUAGACUCGGAAGAAGAGGCUUUCUGGCUGCUUCAGGUCGUUGUUUAUGAUUAUUUACCGGAAAAUGUAUAUGACGUGACCAUGGAGGGAGCCAAUAUCGAUCAAACGGUGUUGAUGUUGAUGAUCUCGGAAAAGAUGCCAGAAAUAUGGGCGAAGAUUGCUGGAGGAAGCUCCUUCUGGACAUGUGAGCAAACCGAUGGAUUACCGCCGAUCACUCUAGUGACCAGUCAUUGGUUCUUGACCUUAUUUAUUAAUAUACUACCAGUCGAAACUGUGCUGCGCAUCUGGGAUUGCUUUUUCAUGGAAGGAUACCAUAUUAUGUUCCAAGUGGCUCUGACUAUCAUACAAUUAAAUGAAGAAGAGUUACGGCAUUUGGACGAUCCCAUCGACGUUUUUCACAUAUUGCAAUCAACACCUAAACGGCUUAUCGAUUGUCAUUAUUUCAUGGAGGUAAUUUUAUGCAUAUGGUUUCAAUAA